AUGUACACAGCAUCGUUUGCCUUCUUCGAGGCGCUCUGGGAUGCCGGGGUCUCGCACUGUUUCGUCAACCUGGGUUCCGACCAUCCCAGCAUCAUCGAGGCCAUGGUGAAGGGGCAACGUGAGGCCAAAGGUCGCUUCCCACGCAUCAUCACUUGCCCCAACGAGAUGGUGGCCAUGUCCAUGGCAGACGGCUACGCUCGCCUCACAGGCAAGCCGCAAUGCGUCAUCGUCCACGUGGACGUAGGCACGCAGGGUCUCGGCGCCGCCGUGCACAACAGCUCGACAGGCCGAGCCCCCGUCUUCGUCUUCGCCGGCCUCUCGCCCUUCACCAUCGAGGGGGAGAUGCGCGGCAGCCGCACCGAGUACAUCCACUGGGUCCAAGACGUGCACCGCCAGUCCGACAUCGUAUCGCAGUACUGCCGCUACUCCGGCGAGCUCAAGACGGGCGCCAACGUCAAACAGAUGGUCAACCGCGCGCUGCAGUUCGCCAAGUCCGACCCGCAGGGGCCCGUCUACCUCUGCGGCGCGCGCGAGGUCAUGGAGGCCGAGAUCGAGCCGUACCAGAUCAACCAGGCCGAGUGGGACCCCGUCGAGCUGGGGAGCAUGUCCGCCGACGCCGUGGCCAAGAUCGCCGACGCCCUGGCCGGGGCCCGGCAGCCCCUCGUCGUUACUGGGUAUGGCGGCCGCGACCACCGAAUGCCGCGCGCGCUGGUCGAGCUGGCCGAUACGGUCAAGGGCCUUCGCGUGCUCGACACGGGCGGCAGCGACAUGUGUUUCCCCGCCGACCACCCUGCGUGGCUGGGCCUGCGCUUCGGCGCCGACGACGCCAUCAAGUCGGCCGACGUCAUUCUUGUCAUCGACUGCGACGUGCCUUGGGUCAACACGCUGUGUCGGCCGCGAGACGACGCGCGCGUGUUCCAUAUCGACGUCGACCCGCUCAAGCAACAGAUGCCCGUGUUUUACAUCAAGGCCGAGGCGCGCUACCGCGCCCGCGGGAGGGCGGCCGUCGAACAAAUCACGGCCCGACUCCACGAUGAGACGGAGACGGCCGCGCUGCUCGACCCCCAACGACAGGAGGCAGCGGCACUCGCUCGGGAGGAAUCGUACGAGCGACGGCUGGCGACCAUCGACGCGACCCAUAAGCCGCUAGACAACGGCGAGUUCGGCACGGGCUACCUCUGCCGCAAACUCAGGGCCAUGUGUCCCGAAGACACGAUCUGGGCCAUCGAGGCCGUGACCAACACGGUGUUCGUGUCGGACAGCAUCCGGGCCACGCUACCCGGGUCGUGGAUCAACUGCGGCGGCGGCGGGCUAGGGUGGUCGGGCGGCGGCGCGUUGGGGAUCAAGCUGGCGUCGGACGUGGAGAGCGGCGGGGCGGGCAAGGGCAAGUUCGUGGUGCAGAUCGUCGGGGACGGGACGUUCCUCUUCUCGGUGCCGGGCAGCGUGUACUGGAUCUCGAAGCGGUACGGCAUCCCCGUGCUGACCAUCAUCCUGAAUAACAAGGGCUGGAACGCGCCGCGCAGGUCGCUGCUCCUGGUCCACCCCGACGGCGGGGGGUCCAAGGCGUCGAACGAGGAGCUGAACAUCUCGCUGAGCCCGUCGCCUGAUUACUCGGGCAUCGCCAAGGCGGCUGCUGGGGGUGACUUGUUCGCGGCCCGGGUGGAUGGGGUUGAGGAGCUGGAGAGCGUGCUAGCCAAGGCCAUUGAGACGGUGAAGGGGGGGCAGUCUGCUGUUCUGGACUGUAAGGUGGUUACCGGAUGCUGA